AUGUCUACACCUGUGCAACGUUUUUGGGCAGUGGCGACCUUGUUACUCCUCUUGAGUCAGCAUUCCGGAGUCCAUGGAUUUGGAAUAAAUUUGAUGAAGAUUCCAACUGAGAAUAAAGGACAAGAGGCUUGCAUCUUGGCUUUGCUGCGAAAAUAUUUCGAUUCCGGAGAUGGACUUUCUGGCUCCGUGUUGUGCAUCAAUCGGAACUAUCAGUUACCUAACAUAGAAGACCAGUUAAUAAGAGGUAUGAACACAUACGAAAAUUAUCCUUGGAGUCUUUUGAUUACCAACUAGGAGGGUUCAUCCUCAUCAAAGUUUCUUAUGAGCGAAAAGCCACAGUGCUAUUUCCUCAUCGUCGAAAGUCUAGAUGAUGAUGACUUGGAUGAGAUAUUCGAGCACUGGAAGAGCAUGGUGAACUGGAAUCCCCUGGCCCAGUUCGUGGUCUAUUUGGCUAGUUUGGAAGAAACAGACGAGGAGAUGACCGACCUAAUGAUGGAACUUCUUUUGAAUUUUAUGAACAAGAAGAUCUUCAAUGUGAAUGUUAUUGGACAGAGCGAGGAAAAUGAAUUUUUCUACGGGAAAACUGUAUUUCCCUAUCAUCCGGAUAACAAUUGUGGUAACCGCGUGAUAUCCAUUGAAUUAUUAGAUGCUUGCGACUAUCCUGGUGAAGAAAAGGAAAAAGAUGAAGAAGAUGAUGGCGAGGGAGAGGAUGAAGAAAAUGAAAAUAAACAAGAAGAUAAGAAUAAUGAAAAUAAUAUAAAUAUAACCACGGAUGGAAAUGAGGAGAUAAUAGGAAGUGGAGAAAGUGUUCAAGAUAAUUCACAAAAUCAAGAAGAUAAUGUUAUUGAAAAUCAAUCAAAAGAUGACCAAGUGAGCGAAGAAAUUAAAAAUAGAGAUGAAGGAAAUGAUCAAAAUUUUAGUAAUGAAGAAAAUCUAAAUGAUGACACUCAGAAUGGAGGUGAUUAUGAGGACAACUCCCGGCGUACUAAGUAUGUCUCUUCCAAAACCAAGGAUAACUUGAUCAGAAAAGUUCGAUCAGAUCCAACUGAUGAUUAUUCUGAUAAUUCUUUAAGCGACGGUAAUGAAACUAUAUCUUAUACUACAACUGAAUCAUACAAUCAUAAUGAAACUCAAAGUUCAACCGAGCCUACAAAUGAGGAAAUAGGUGAUGAGUCCUCUGAAAAGAACGAUUUAAAUUCGAACUCCUCAGAGCCAGAAGCCACGGUCGAAGAAUUCUAUCGGGCUAAGUUUGAGGAUAAAUUCCCCAGUGAUCUCAGUGGAUGUCCUCUCACAGCAUCGUUUCGUCCUUGGGAACCAUAUAUAUUUCGCAACACCAACGAGGAGCCCGUCGAGGAUUACUACUAUGGUUUACAAGGAGAUGGAGAUGACUACAAUGACACAUUACCCAGCUAUGGGGAAUCUGAGGACGAGACUUAUGGUGACCAAGAGGAAAUGGGGGAUAGCAAUAUCCCUGAUACUGAAUCUCUGUCCGGUGGAAAAUUCAAGUUGAGCGGAAUCGAGUACCAAAUGGUGCAGACCAUAGCCGAGCGUCUCCAUGUUAAUAUCGAAAUGCAAAGUGAGAAUAGUAACUUGUAUCAUCUAUUUCAACAGCUGAUCGAUGGAGAAAUCGAGAUGAUUGUGGGUGGAAUAGAUGAGGAUCCCAGCAUCAGUCAGUUUGUCUCCAGUUCCAUUCCCUAUCACCAGGACGAACUUACUUGGUGUGUGGCAAGAGCAAAACGUCGGCAUGGUUUCUUCAAUUUCGUGGCCACAUUUAAUGCGGACGCAGGAUUCCUGCUCGGACUCUUUGUGGUCAUCUGCUCUCUGGUGGUUUUAAUGGCACAACGUGUUUCUGGCUUUCGGUUGCGGAAUCUCAGUGGAUAUUUCCCAAUUUGCUUGAGGAUUCUGGGCAUCUUACUCAAUCAGGCCAUUCCAGCUCAGAACUUUCCUAUGACUUUAAGACAACUAUUUGCGCUUUCUUUCCUGAUGGGCUUCUUCUUCAGCAAUACUUAUCAGUGUUUUCUGAUCAGCACGCUGACCACUCCACGAAGUUCUUAUCAGAUUCAGACUCUGGAGGAGAUCUACAGCAAUCGGAUGACCAUAAUGGGCACCUCCGAGCAUGUUAGGCAUUUGAAUAAGGAUGGAGAGAUCUUCAAAUAUAUUCGCGAAAAGUUUCAGAUGUGCUACAACUUGGUGGACUGCCUUAAUAAUGCCGCCCAUAACGAACACAUCGCAGUGGCUGUUUCACGCCAGCAUUCCUUUUACAAUCCAAGGAUCCAACGGGAUCUUCUUUAUUGUUUCGAUCGCCGAGAAUCCCUAUAUGUGUAUUUGGUGACCAUGCUGCUGCCAAAGAAGUAUCAUCUGCUGCACCAGAUUAACCCAAUAAUCCAGCACAUCAUUGAAUCGGGUCAUAUGCAAAAGUGGGCACGGGAUCUGGACAUGCCACGAAUGAUUCACGAGGAGAUUACAAGAGUGAGAGAGGAUCCCUUUAAGGCUCUGACUUUCGAUCAGUUUCGGGGAGCUAUCGCGUUUUCUGCUGGACUUUUAUUAGUGGCGAGUUGCGUCUUUUUCAUAGAGUUGUGCUACUUCAAAUUUUUAUAUCGAUCCAAAAGAAAAAGAAUGACAAAACGUAUGAAACAGCAGAAUAACAAACUUUAUUAGC